AAAAAUUCCGUGAUAGCAAAAACGGGGUGCUAAUAGUAACUCUCUUUCACACGCUACUCCCGAAUCGUGGCCAGAGAGAGAGCUUCCUCGAGAAAAUCAUACUGUAUCGUACAAGAAACUGUGAAAUGGAAAUCGAUGAUGGAACAAGCAGAUCAAAUUCGAAUUCAACAACCAUAACCAUAAGCGUGAAGUUCAGUGGAUCAACUAUCCCCAUUUCAAUCUCACCUCAAUCAACCAUCAAAGAGCUCAAGUCCCUUCUUCUACCUGCCACUAAUGUCCUUCCAAGGGGGCAGAAACUCAUCUUCAAAGGCAAGGUUUUAGAAGACCCAGUUACAUUGGCAGCAUCUAAUUUGAGUAAUGGGUCCAAAGUUAUGCUUGUGGCUUCUCAGGGUUUAUAUCAAGGGGAUGGUCCUGUCCUGAAGAAAGCUCAGGUUGUUCCUCCUAGAUCAAGGAAAGAUAAUCACUCAAGUUCUAGUAACGACGCGAAGAAAAUUAUGGUAAAGAACAGGUCCGAACGGUGGAAAGUAACAGGAGUUGUAGCACUGUCUGAAUGCAACUUGGAGGCCAUACCUGAUGAGGUUUGGGUUUGUGGAUCUUCUGCGAGAGUUCUAGAUUGCAACAACAAUAUACUUAGAAAUGUCCCCGUUGAAAUUUCACAACUUACUCGUCUGGAGAAACUAUUACUUAAUGCCAAUGACUUAUCAGAUGAAUCAAUUAAUUGGGAAGGACUGACGAAUCUGAAGUACUUAACAGUACUAUCAUUGAACCAGAACCACUUAACUACUUUGCCAUCUGCAUUGGGAUCGAUAAUCUCUUUGAGGGAGCUACAUGUCUCCAACAAUGAAUUGGUUGGUCUUCCUGAUGAAAUAGGGCAUCUUACACAGUUAGAAGUCUUGAAAGCCAACAAUAAUAGGAUGAGUAAGAUCAGUGAAUUUAUAGGAAACUGCCAUUCUCUUGUUGAGGUUGAUUUCUCAUCAAAUUUUCUGUCAGAAUUGCCAGAGAAAUUCAGUAGUUUUAACAAUUUGAAGGCUUUGCAUCUUAGUAACAAUGGGAUGAAAUCUCUACCAUCCAAACUAUUCAAGACAUGCUUACAGCUUUCCACAUUGGAUCUCCACAAUACAGAAAUAACUAUUGAUCUACUUCGUCAGUUUGAAGGAUGGGACGAUUUUGAUGAGCGUCGUCGAUCAAAGCAUCAGAAACAAAUAGAAUUCCGAGUUGGAGUUUCUAGAGAUUUUGAUGAAGGUGCUGAUAAAAACUAAAUAGAAAUCAUUUUCCAUAACUUUCAUCUAGUGGUAGAUUGGAAAUUUGUUAUAGAAUGCUAAAGCGAAGGUUCUUGUGAAGGAAAAGAUGCUUGGAUAACUCUAAAAGGGUUUUGUUUUUUAUGGAUAGUUGUGAAUUGGUUGUAUCACCACAUCUAAACAAGCAAAUUAUUUGUGAUUGUCUAUUAUGAGGAUCUAAAAUAUUCAUAAUCAGUAUGACCACUAAGGUUUAACUUGGGAA